UCGAAACCCCUUAAAAUUCCCUCACACAGUCACUCAGGUAGUCUUCCCUCAGUCUUCAUUUCUUCCAAAGACCAGAAAAACCCUUUUUCAUUGCAAUGGAAACUGCGAAAUCAUCAUCAUCUUCUUCUUCUCUUCUUAACAACAAGAAACCAACGCUAACUCCAAAAGCCAAAAUUUACCAGAAAUUUGGGAAUAAAGCAUGCUAUAAAAUUGAGGAAAUUCAAGAAGAAUCUUCUCAAAAUGGAUGCCCUGGUUUGGUUAUUCUUCAAAAGGGUCCUUCCCUUUUCCGUUGUUCGUUGGAACUCCCUGAAUUCUCUGUUGUUUCAGAACCCUGUAAGAAAAAGAAGGAAGCUGAGCAAUCUGCUGCAUUAAUGGCUUUACAGAAGCUUGGUAUUGAUUCCCUUGAAAGCUGCCUCACAGAAUCAGAUGCAGAAGAGGAGUUGGUCUCUCGUCUCUCACAUAUAUUCUCAAGUGAGUUUCAGUCAUCACAUCAUCCGCUUAGCAGUCACCUGAAAGCAGUUUAUUUCAGAGAGGGUGAACUUAGUGGAUCUAUUCCUGUAUCUGUUUUGAUUGGUUGUGAUCCCAAGCUUAGUAAUCUAUGCAGAUCCAUUGACGCAAGGGUUGAGUCAAAUCCUUUCUUAUCUAUACCUAUUGUGAUGAGAGCUGCAGUCAAAUUAUCAGAAUUACUUUUUAUAUCAGAGGAAGAUCUUUGGAUCAGGAGGAAGUAUCCUUUCCCCUCAAAUGCUAUACCAGUAUUAGACAACCAACAUUCAGACUUAACAAAAGGAUCUUUGACUGAGGCUGUAUAUAUUCCUUUUUCACUUGAUAAGGAUGUAAGUUCUAUCAGUAUGAAUCUGUCAUUGAAAGGCUAUUAUCUGGAUGUUAUUGCUGCAGAGCUUGGUAUUGUUGAUGCUUCAAAGGUCCUUAUCUCUAGGACCAUUGGUAAAGCUUCUUCUGAGUCAAGACUGUAUUUUUCUGCUUUAGAGACACAUAAUUUGAAUUCAGACUCGGAAUUUAUUUGUGCAAUAGAGCAACCCGAUCUUGAUAGCUCUUUCAACAUCCGUGCUAGUUACUUGCUGGGACAACAGGUAUACGGUAAUGCAAUUUUAGCAUCAGUUGGAUACACAUGGAGAGGGGCAGAGUUGUUUAAUGAAGACGUGUCAUUGCGUACCUAUUUUAGGAUGCUUAUUGGAAGAACGCCUGAUGGGCUCUUUAAGAUAUCUAGAGAUGCAUUACUUACAGCAGAUUUGCCUGGAGUAUUCACGGGAAAAAGUAAUUGGAGGGGCUCUUUGCCAAAGGAUCUACUCUGUUCAUUUUGCCGUCAUCAUAGACUCUCUGAACCUGUUUUUAAUGUACUCUGUAACUCCAACAAAUCAGACCAAGACUUGCCUGGAUCAUGCAGACUUCUAUCAGAUGAAAGGUCAAACUCGGCAUAUAUUUCUAAACUUGGAGGGGUUGUGGCCACAGUUAGUCCAAAUCAAAUUGAAGCAGAAUCCUUUAGUUGUGAAAUAAAAGUGGUUUCAAAGAAUCACAAUUUACUCCUUCAAAGAUCUCCAGUAGAUACUUUCACGAAACAGGGGGAUGCAGUGCAGGAUGCGUCUUUGAAAGUCCUAAACUUUUUGAAAUUUUACUUCAAGCAACCAAAUAUGCGUUUAGAGGAGCUUUCUUCACUUGGUGGUAAAUAUAACAUUGACUGCCACUUGACAUGCUUCUUGAAGGAGUUUUCUCUCUGUCAACAGAUGCAUAAGGUUCAACAGCCAAGAAAUUUACUAGGAGGCCACAAAUCAAACUUUAACCAUAUAGAUCGAUUUAAUAGUUUGACCAGCAUGGAGAAUAAACACUUAAGUCUACAAGGAACAGCUUGUGGAUCAUUACCUUCCAAUGGAUGUAUUGUCUCUAUAAGUUAUGGUGUAUUCCUGGUAUCAGAAGGAAAAGAAAUCCUAGAAAUUCUGGAGAAGAAUGAUGAUUUUGAGUUUGAGAUUGGCACAGGAGCAGUAAUUUCAUGUAUUGAAGCGGCUAUUCUUCGUAUGACAGCUGGACAAUCUGUCUGCUUCCUCACGGACAUGCCACAAACAGAAAUGGUUAUGGCUGCAUCUGUGGAUUGUAAAAAAAUUCUAUCCUUUUUGUCCUCAAAAUCUUGUUGCUUGAAAUAUCUUAUCACUGUAUUGCGAGUAACAGAACCAUUUGAAGAUAGAAUGGAGCAGGCUCUGUUCAGCCCUCCGCUGUCAAAGCAGCGUGUAGAAUUUGCAUUGCAGUGCAUUAAAGAAUAUUCUGCUACUUCUUUGAUUGAUUUUGGGUGUGGAUCAGGAAGUUUAUUGGAAUCCUUAGUUAAUACACCAAGCUCUUUGGAAAAGAUUGUUGGUAUUGAUAUUUCUCAAAAGGGUCUCAUUCGUGCUGCCAAGGUCCUUCAAACAAAACUGGAGAAUUUGAAGGAUGAGAUAUCCACAUCAAAUAGUAAAGCAGCAAUUCUUUACGAGGGUAGCAUAACUGCUUUUGAUUCUGGCUUGAGUGAAUAUGAUAUUGGAACAUGCUUAGAGGUGAUAGAGCAUAUGGAAGAAGAUCAAGCACACUUAUUUGGUGAAAUUGCACUCGGACUUUUUCGUCCUAAGGUCCUGAUUGUUUCAACCCCAAAUUAUGAAUACAAUAUCAUUCUGCAAAAAUCUAAUUUAGGAAGCCAAGUGGAGGAUCCAGAUGAUAGUGCACUACAGUCAUGUAAAUUUCGUAAUCAUGAUCACAAAUUUGAGUGGACAAGAGAACAAUUUAAUCAGUGGGCAGCUGGCUUGGCACUGAAACACAAUUACAGUGUCGAGUUUGGUGGAGUGGGUGGAAUACAAGGUGUGGAACCAGGGUUUGCUUCUCAAAUAGCAGUAUUCAGGAGGAACCAACAGGAGCCUAUUAAAGAUUCUGUAAUAAGUAUAGAUAUGGAAAACCGCUAUAAGACUCUAUGGAAAUGGCCUGCUACGAGCUUUGCGUAGUUGGUAAUUCAGGGCCUGGUUAGUGAAAAUUUUGUUUGGUCAAUUGCAAAUAGUUUAACAGGUUUAGAACUGCAGAGUUCCUUGGUUUAGAACUGCAGAGUUCCUUGUUUAGAACUCUUUGGUUUAGAACUGCAGAGUUCCUUGUCUUUUUAAAGGUUCCCUGACUCAGCAUGAUUCAGUGUGUUAUUACCACAUUUAAGCUGAGGCCUAUAUAUUAUAUAUACGGCACUUAUGUACACACUAACACACAAUUUACUAAUUCAGUUUAUCACAUGCUUUGAGCAGCAAGCUAGUGAGUCUGCCAAACUUGUCACACAAC